CACGUACAAUGGCGCCCUUAAUUCUGGGUUGAGUAACAUUUAGGCAGUUGGGCUCACGAAAUGUGCGUCCCGUUGUGUUCAUUCGACACAUCGUAUGCCGAAUUAUCUCGAAUUCAUCUCUCUCGUGUCCUGAAGUUCCUCUUUUGGAAAUGUCCUCCGAGACGCCCAAAGCCAGGUUCUGUGGGACAUCCCCUCGAAAGAGGUUCGGCGAUAAUCGAGAUUCAUUUACAGCCGGUGCGAUUUGGGUCGGGGCCAGGGGAGAGUAGGAGGAGGCUGACGAACGGAACCUCCCCAACUGCUCGCUCUCCGUUCCGUUUCGAUACGCACAGGACUCGCGUCCCCCUCUCUUUUUUUUUUUUUGUUUGUUUGUUCCCCGGGCCACUUUUUACGCACACCGAGAUGGAGAAAGUCCACGGCAGGAUGCUCGAAUCCGUGGGUGACAUGCUCGACUUCAACGACAUGAAGCUCCCGGACGAUGCCUACGCGGCCGCAGGCAUGCCGUCGAACCAGGGGGGCGACGGUUCGGUGUUCCGAGCCUGCGGUAACCUGCUGAACGGUCCGCAAGAGGAGGCAGCAGCAGCAGCAGCAGCAGCAGCAGGAGGAGGCUUCGUACAGGCGCGGAAGUGACUUUCUCAAGUGGGAACACCUGGUCAAAGACAACGUGGCGCAGGUCGGAGCCAGCCUGUCGUCCAAGUUCAUCAAGGACGAACAAGAGGCGUCCGUCAUCAUGGAGACGACGCCGUGUCCAGCCUUCGACGACGCGCUCGACGUCUGCUCCCAAGGCGGCCGCAAGCAGCCCCACUUGGGCUUCGCCGCGGCGGGUCCCCGCUCGGCGCACGAGGCUUCGCCGAACUUCCUGGCGCACAUGAACCCCGCGGAGCAGAUGGGCCAGAGCCAGGCGAGGCCCGAGUGCCGCGGAGGCUUCGCCGGCAAGGGCGCCGCUUUCCACCCGGACGCCGGCGACGCUUACCUGGCCCGCUGGCAGGCGCCCGCCGCGGGGCCGGGGGGUGACGCGCACUUCUGGUGCCAAGCGCCCGGGAGCACGGAGGACCCGUUGGGCUACAACGGGGUGCACAGUCAGGCCGUGGCCCAGCGGAACCACACACAUUUCAACGCCUUUGCCGGUAUACCUCCUCAGAGGUCUUGUGUGAUCUGUGGCGACGAGGCCUCCGGGUGCCACUACGGAGUUCUAACCUGUGGCAGCUGCAAGGUGUUUUUUAAAAGAGCUGUGGAAGGCCAUCACAGUUACCUGUGUGCCGGGCGGAAUGAUUGCAUCGUGGACAAGAUCCGGAGGAAAAACUGCCCGGCCUGUCGCCUGCGGAAGUGCUAUCAAGCGGGAAUGAUGCUCGGAGGCAGGAAACUGAAGCGCUUCGGGGCCCUCAAGGCGCUGGGCUUUUCACCCUCCGCCAUGUUCCCGUCACACUUGUCCGUGUCGGCAGACAGCCGGGCCCUGAGCCCCGUGGCGGCCGUGCCGGGUCUCCAGGACAUGCCGUUCUCCCAGCAGAUCACCGGCAUCCUGGAGAACAUCGAACCCGAGAUCGUGCUCUCGGGCCACGACAGCACCCAGGCCGACGUCCCCCACGUGCUGCUCAGCAGCCUCAACAAGCUGUGCGAGAAGCAGCUGCUGCGGAUCGUCAAGUGGUCCAAGUCUUUGCCAGGCUUUCGUAAUCUCCACAUCACCGACCAGAUGACGCUUAUCCAGUACUCGUGGAUGAACCUGAUGGUGUUUUCUCUCGGCUGGCGCUCCUUUCAGAACGUCACCAGGGAAUAUAUGUACUUUGCGCCCGACCUCAUUCUAAGCCUUGACCAAAUAAGGAGAUCCCCCAUCUACGACCUGUGCCUGGCCAUCCAGUUCAUCCCGCAGGAGUUCGCCAACCUCCAAGUGACCCGGGAGGAGUACCUAUGCAUGAAGGCUAUCAUCUUGCUCAACAUGGUGCCUCUGGAGGGUCUGAAAAGCCAGGGGGCGUUCGAGGAGAUGCGCCAGAAUUACAUCCGCGAGCUGACCAAGGCCGUCCAAGUGAAGGAGAAGAGCAUGGUGGCCAGCUCGCAGCGCUUCUACCACCUCACCAAGCUGUUGGACGCCAUGCACGAAAUAGUGAAGAAGGUCAACCUGUUCUGCCUGAGCACGUUCAUCCAGGCCAACGCCAUGAAGGUGGAGUUUCCCGAGAUGAUGACCGAGGUGAUCGCCUCCCAGCUGCCCAAGGUCUUGGCCGGCAUGGUGAGGCCUCUGCUCUUCCACCCCAAGUGACCCCACGUUUACUGGAUUCUUUUUUUCUAUCUUCAAAUGAAUCUUUUGCCAAAAUUGCCUCGAGUGCUCCUCCUGCCUUUUUAAUCUUACCGUUUGGGAUCAAUCGAAAGCAAUCAAUCAAUAAACGUGCACUCACAGUAAAAAGAUCAUCUUAAUGACUGACGCACCCUUUGAGACUAUUUCGGAAUUUUUUUUUCUUUAGGAUGAAAAUGCAGGAGGCAUAGUAAACACAACAAAUCUUGACUAUGCUCGAAUGUUGACCGUGUGGAGCACUGGUGUCAAUCUGCGGCCAGCCACGUCGUUUUAUGUGGCCAGCGAAAGCAAUUCAAGUGAUUCUACUUCGUGUUUCUUGAUAAAUUGAUUUGUUCUGUCAUGAUGACAGAAAAUGCAGAAUAGCAAAAGUGCUCUAGUCAUUUUUAACUUACUGUUACAAGAUCCAUAAAAAUAGCAACGAGCUUUCUAAAUAUUUUGUUUUUUCUUUGCAUGUGUAGAUUCCCAGUCAUCCAGGACACGCUAAUGGGCAAAGGCUGAGCAGAGGCAACUAGAAUCUUCAUUUGUUGAAUCUUGUUAUUUCUUGUUUACCAAAAACGGUCAAAUAAGUCUUGAAUAAGACAAUUAGACUGACGCUAUCGACUUCCGUUGCCUCAAUUCAACCUGGAUGACUGAGAAUCUGCACAGACAUUUAGAAAAAAAAAAUAAUUUUUAGCAAGCACAUUGCUAUUUUUUUUAUUCAUGUUAUGUCAGUAAGUUAAAAAUGGCUGAGGCAAUUAUGCUAACAAUAAAUAAUAUGAAGAGUUGUGGAGAGAAGUUUGACGUUCUGGAGUGAAAGCAAGAGGGCACGACUGGAAUAAUUGUUAUUUUUAAUUGAUUUAAUUAAUCACUUUCGUGGGGGCCUCAACAUGCCAGAAAAGUCAUACAUUUUUGUAAAAUUCCCAUUUUAGCAGUCCAAAAGCAACCACCCCCCCAAAGCUCAUUCAGCCACGCCCCUUGAAAAGUUGGAAAAUCAGUCCCCUACACCAGUUCCACCCAUCCACGCAAAAAAAAAAAUAUGGUGGAUGUAUUUAUCAUAAGACAAUGCAAAAAAUAGAAUAAAAACAAUAAUGAUAAUAAUAAAACGUUGCAAUAACCAAUGCACAAAACAGGAAGUCGGCCAUUUUGGGCAAAUUCCAGGGCAGGUAACUUUGACAAACUCUUAAACAUUUUACAUGCAAAAUUUCCAAGCUUUUUUCCAUCACGGGAUGUAAAAAGUAUAUCUAAUGUGGGCAUACAGUGACAGCAAUGUUUGACGUCAUUUGCUGGUUGGUCAUGAAGAAGCAGUAUGAGGGCCCGUUCUUCAUAUUUUCAUUGUAAUGAUCACUAAUGUAUAAUUGUCAGUGUUUUGUGAAAACAUUUUUCAUAUUUAAGUGGAAACUGUGUCAAUUAUGCAGCAAAUUUGGAAUUUUUUUUGGGGGGGUUGAUUCUAUCAAAUGUAAGAAAAGAGCUAGCCCCCGCCUCUCCCCCCAAAAACAAAACCAAAAAAACAGCAGGUGUUAACGUUUGUCAAAAGUGAAAUAUUUGCAGUGCCAAUGUAAAAAGAAUAAAUGAUCUGUGUAAUUUAAAAGGCUACAAAUGUCAUCAGUCAUACUGCAAAAAGAAAAAUUGUAAAGGUGAUGAACAGGCCCAGUUUAAUAAUACUUAAAACUAUGAAUACUAUUUAUGUUAUCAAAUUCAAGUUUUAAAGGAUACAUUUUGUUUCCAGUAAAAUUCUGUAAUUUUCAUUCAAAAAUGUCGGCCCAUGAUAAAAAUAGUGUAAUGUUGUUGUUGAAAUGUUUUUGUACAAUUUCCUACUUAGUUAUAACACACUGAGAAAAAAAAAAAAAAAAAACACACCUCAGUUCCCAUCCUUCAUUAAUCAUUGUGUUUAUUUAUAAAGGUGUAAAUGCACUGCGGAGACAGUAGUUGCUUGCAGAGGAAACAACCCCCCCCACACACAUAGAAAUGUUACACAAUGCGGGACAUGUUUAGAAUUUCCGCGACGCACCCUCGCAACUCCCUACUUGAAGGGAGUUUUCUCAUUAUUAUUCCUACGCCACUCAAAACCAAGGCCACCUGACAUUCUCCGAAUACAGUUUCAGCCUCUCCUUCCCAAGAGUACAGUAACUCUUCAGUUUGUGCUAACUGAACAUUUUUGUCCCCCCCCCCCCCCCCCCCCAAACCACUGAAACAGCUAAAACAAUCAUAUUAAUAGUAAUAAUAACAACAUAAAGUAUGCUGGUAUACCAGCACACACAUUGGAAGGUGAAGUCAUUAAAGUAUAGCAUCUACAACCCCAAUUCCAAUGAAGUUGGGACAUUGUGAUAAACAUAAAUAAAAAUAGAAUACAAUGAUUUGCAAAUCAUGUUUGACCUAUAUUUAAUUGAAUACACUACAAAGACAAGAUAUUUGAUGUUCAAACUGAUAAACUUUAUUCUUUUUCGCAAAUAAUCAUUAACUUAGAAUUUUAUGGCUGCAACACGUUCCCAAAAAGCUGGGACAGGUAGCAAAAAAGACUGCCAAAAUUGAGGAACGCUCACCUGUGGGAUCCCACAGGUGAACAGGCUAAUGGGGAACAGGUGGGUGCCAUGAUUGGUUAUAAAAGGAGCUUCCCUGAAUUGGUCAGUCAUUCACAAGCCAAGAUCGGGCGAGGUUCACCUCUUUGUGAACAAGUGUGUUCCUCAACGAUGCCAGUGACCUUCGAUCCCUCAGGCGGGACUGCAUCAAAAACCGACAUCAAUGUGUUACAACAGCGUGGCUUUGUAGUAAAAGAGUGCGGGUACUAGACUGGCCUGCCUGCAGUCCAGACCUGUCUCCCAUUGAAAAUGUGUGGCGCAUUAUGAAGCGUAAAAUAGGACAAGGGAGACCCCGGACUGCAAGAGUGGGAAGGAAUUCCACCUACUUCCACCUACAAAGCUUCAACAAUUAGUGUCCUCAGUUCCCAUACGUUUAUUGAAUGUUGUUAAAAGAAAAGGUGAUGUAACACAGUGGUAAACAUGACCCUGUCCCAGCUUUUUUGGAACGUGUUGCAGCCAUAAAAUUCUAAGUUGAUGAUUAUUUGCCUAAAACAAUCACGUUUAUCAGUUUGAAAAUUCAAUAUCUUGUCUGUGUAGUGUAUUCAAUUAAAUAUAGGUUGAACAUGAUUUGCAAAUCAUUGUAUUCUGUUUUUAUUUAUGUUUAACACAAUGUCCCAACUUCAUUGCAAUUGGGGUUGUAGAAUAAAUCAGUUUACAACAGGGAUUCUUAAGGUCGGGUCUUGGGGGUCAGAGGAAAAAUGUCUCCCCUACAAGGUGUCCCUCUACCCAAAAGGUUUGAGACCCCCUGCUUUACAGGAUACGUGACUUUGAUUAUUUCUAUGAAUAAUGUAUGGUAGGACAGCAGGAAGUGCACAGCCAGUGUGAUGAUCGCAGUUAGGGUGCUUUAGGUGUUACAAAAAUGUGUGACUAUUGAGGGUUGCCGACAAAACCCCCUUAAAAGUCACUCAGUAGUGCCCCUUGGGAAAAAAAAAGGAAAAAAAUGGCCCCAAACACUAUUUCAUUGAUGGGCACAACCUUAGAUGGAUGUGUCUCUCGUAACA